AUGGAUUACCAGCUCUUUGCAAAGAAUCAGAGGGCUUCAUCGUCACUUCCUCCCAGUCGAAGUCCUGCGCGGCCACCCAUACACCCCCCUCCAAUUCAACUACCAUCGUCUGUCGCAAACGCGUCGAGUCCACGCUCGAAAGAGGAGGCCUUUGAUCCAUACCCGUUAGAGAUUCCAGCCAGAGCUGAGACUCCACACCCUCAUAUCACGGUUGAAAAGAUCCAUACGGCGCAUAUCUCUUCUUUAACUCGGAUCACGGGCUUGCUUCUCCCGAUCCGCUACCCAAACUCCUUCUACGCAGCUACCAUAACAGAUCCGGUGAUAGCGUCUCUGUCGCGAGUGGCUAUAUACCAUGAUCACCCUGUUGCUGCAGCACCGGAGACUACCACCUUGACCGGGACCAAUAAAGUGAUUGGUGGUAUUCGCUGUCGGCUAGAGAGAAUUCGACAGCCAGAGGACUCAUGCCCGCAGCCUGAGAUCAACACAGAAUCCACAAACCUAUACAUACAGACCCUUCACCUCCUCUCACCCUAUCGGAGUCAUGGCGUGGCAGCAUCGUUAUUGAACUCGCUUCUUUUCCUGGCGCCGCCAAACAAGGAAUCGUACCAGGUGUCCGAGCUUGUCAAACACUAUAAUAUCCGCUCAGUGACAGCACAUGUCCACGAGGCUAACGAGGAUGCUCUCAAGUGGUACAUGUCGCGUGGUUUCAAAGUACAAGGCCAUGUCCCGGGGUACUAUCGUCGCUUAGAUCCCUCCGGGGCGAAGAUUGUACAGCUAGAUCUACACUGGGAUAAAGAUCAGCCUGCACCCUUGGGAGAGGAUGGUGUUCGAGAGAAAUCUCCUGAUAGUGAGGCAAUUGAUGAGGACUGGGAGAAGGUCGAGGCAGAGGAUGGAGAUGAAGGUGACCAUGGCAUACGCCAUUUCGAUGCAUCACAGGUCCUUGAAAAACCGGACACACCUUCGCGUAAGCGUAAGGCCGAAGAUGAUAGUAGCAUGCCUUUGCGCAAGUAA